UUCUGGCUCCGCCCCUCCAAGCAGCGCCCGCUAUCUGGCGCCGGCGGUGCGCAGACCCAUACAUCCUGUGAACCCGCAGUUGCUGGGUCCGCCGCGCGUCUUCUCCCAAGGGCUAAGAUGGAUCUUGUACUCAGUGCUGCGGAUUAUUAUGUUUUUACACCGUACAUCUAUCCAGCCACCUGGCCAGAGAACAACUUCUUUCGACAGACUGUUAGUCUCCUGAUUAUAACAAAUCUUGGUGCUUAUAUCCUUUAUUUCUUCUUUGCAACACUGAGCUAUUAUUUUGUCUUUGAUCAUUCAUUAAUGAAACAUCCACAGUUUUUAAAGAAUCAAGUCUAUCGAGAGAUUAUGUACACUGUGCAGGCUUUACCGUGGAUGAGUAUUCCCACUGUUUCCUUGUUCCUGCUGGAGUUGAAGGGUUACAGCAAAUUAUAUGAUGACAUAGGAGGCUUUCCACACGGCUGGUUUCACCUCAUUGUUAGUGUCCUGUCCUUCCUCUUUUUCACUGACAUGCUCAUCUACUGGAUUCACAGAGGCCUUCAUCAUAGACUUGUCUAUAAGCACAUACAUAAACCUCACCAUGUCUGGAAGAUUCCUACUCCAUUUGCAAGUCACGCUUUUCACCCUCUGGAUGGCUUCCUGCAGAGUCUACCUUACCACAUAUACCCUUUUCUCUUUCCAUUACACAAGGUGGUUUACUUAGGUCUGUACGUCUUGGUCAAUUUCUGGACAAUUUCUAUUCAUGAUGGUGAUUUUCGUGUCCCCAAAAUCUUGAAGCCCUUUAUUAAUGGCUCAGCUCAUCAUACAGACCACCACAUGUUCUUUGACUAUAACUAUGGACAGUAUUUCACACUGUGGGAUAGGAUUGGAGGCUCAUUCAAAAACCCUUCCUCCUUUGAAGGGGAAGGACCACUUAGUUAUGUGAAGAAGAUGACACAAGAGAAGUGCAACAGCCAUUCAGGAAAUGGUUGCAAAUGUGAGAAAUUAUCCACUGAAGACUUUUCAAAGACUGAGUAGAUGAUUUCUGAAUUAUUGAAUAUUUUUAAUAAGGAAAAUUAUAUAUAGCUAAGAGACAUAGCAGGAAAAUGGUAUCAUUUGAAAAUCAGCACUGCGGGGGCUGCUGAAGAAUGAUCCUGAUGGUAGGUGAGAGGAAGAUGCUGUGAGCAUGAUGAUUUCCACCUCUUCCUUAAAAUGCGAGAUGUCAGUUUGAGGGACAGCCCGUGUCUCUCCAUCCAGCGUGUCUCUAAUCCGUGUGGCCUCCACAGCCAUCUUUUUAUGAGAUAGAAGACAAAUUAGUGAGGGGACCAGGUUAUGUCCUUUUACCUUAAUCUACUGUAUUCUAAUUUAAGAAAAAUUCAUUGUGCUCAUAAUACCAAGACUAAGCACCAUAACAAAGAAAUACUAGUGUAAAGAUGGUUCCUUGUUUCAGGAAUGGUUAUGUCUUUGAUUUUGCUCUGAUUUCUUCAAGUGGAUAAAUCAGUGUGAAGAAACAUACUAAUAUAACAUACUGGUGGCUUUGUGAAUGCCGUAAUUAAUAGCAGUGUAAUUAGAUCAUCACUUCCUACACAUAGGAAGCUUAUUCUUUGGGGACAUUGUUAAACAUUACAUUUUACUGAUAAAUAAAUUUGGGGUUUUAAAAAAUUCUUGAUACUACCAUGAUUUAAUUCAAAUCUGGAGUUAUUUAAAAAUGUCGAUGGUUAUUAUUGAAAAGCAUUAUUUAAUAAGUAUAAAAAACAUAAAUCUGAAUAUGCAGUAGUCCCCCCCCUUAUUUGUGGGGGAUUUAUUCCAAGACCCCCUGUAAGUGCAUAAAACUGCAGAUAUGUACUUCCAAACCAUAUAUAUACAACAUACAUACACACAGUAUGCUUUUCUGUACAUACAUAGCUAUGUACAGAAAUUAGGCACAUUUUAUAAAUUAUAAUUAUAAUUUAGGCACAGAUUAACAAGAGUAACUAAAUAUUACUGUGGUUAGAAAGGAAAUUUGAUAUCAAAUAAUGUAUUUGACACUUGAUUUUUAAAUUAAGUUGAUAUACUGCACUUUUUUAAAUUCAGUGUAUUUUUGGAAAAUGAAAUGUAUCCUUUUUAUGAAAAUCUUACCAUGCAAGCUAUUCAACAUAUAAAGAUGAUAACCAUUACUGAUAAAAAAUGACAUUUUUCAUAGGAUUCACAGGAAAGUAACAAUAUGUUCAGUCAGAAUUUUCUAAUUUCUCACACAACCCUGGAACCAUGUAUGUUAAAGAUCAUAAGAUAAAAUCAGUUCAGUUUUAAAACACAAAUGGCAUGUGUUGCACUGAAUUAACUUUACAAAAUAAAAUAUCCAAUGCAACUAUUCAUUUUGGCUAGAUGCACUGCACUUUUGAUGUUUCAAUGUUGCAAACCUAUAAUUUUCUAUUACCAGGAAUAUUUAGGCCUGUCUCUGAAGAUUAGUUUUGCAAUAUUCUCCCUCUUCCCCACUCACUUUAAUAUGAAACCCCAGCCCUGACUGGUGUGGUGCAAUUGGUUGGAUGUCAUCCUGCAAAGCGAAAGGCUGCUGGUUACAUUCCCAGUCAUAGCACCUGCCUGAGCUGUGGGUUAAGUGGGUCGGUGUGCUUGUGAGAGGCAACCAAUCAAUGUUUCUUUCUUGCAUGGAUGUUUCCAUCUUUCUCCCUCUGUCACUCUCUAAAUAAAAAUAUAUAAAAUCUUUAAAAAAGAAACCACAGAAAUGAUGUGGGUUGUCAAAACUGUUUUAGAAUGUUCACAAAUGCUCGAUGUCAAGGGGGAGAGAAUCACAUUUUUUUCUGUUUCACAUUUUUACUAGUGUUUUAUCACUGAGUUUUAUGAGACUAGUCAUAAAGCUUAAUAGUUGGGAUCCAGAUUAAAAUAUUUUUCUCUUUUGGUUGCUGUUACAGCAUUUGUCUUACUUAAUUACACAAUGUAGUAAUUAGUAUUUUGAACUGGUAAAUGCGUCCAAGUACUUUUUACUCACCAUCCCCAACCCUUAGUACUCCACUUUGCCCAAGAAAAAGAGGGGAAUUAAGAAGCAAAUUUUGUUUCCUCAUAAUAAUAGAAGCUAAUAAUUCAUUGAGCUUUUAUUCUUGAUCAGGCCCUGUUGUAAGUACUUGACGUGAGGAAACUGGGACCCAGUUGUGUAACUUUCCCAAGGUUAUUUCUCGUGUAUUUCAGUGUGGAUGUUACUGGUCACCAGGCAGCCUUCCACAGUCAGUCUGAGUCCCAGGCUCCUUCCAUCUUGGGAAACUACCUUCUCCCAGUCAGUUGAAGGAGCACGUAAGAGAAGAAGGAAAAGCAUACAUGGAAAAUGUUUGGGUCAGGCCUGGUAGUCAUGUAUAUGUUCCUUUGGACAAAGCUCAGUUAUGUGGCCCAUCUAACUGAAAGAGAUUCAGAGAAUUUGGAAAUGUGUCUAAUUGUAUAGCUGGGAGACUGGGUAACCAGUUUCUUAAACAGCCAGUCUGCCGUAAUCUUAUAAUUUAUUCCCCCUUUUUUUGAAGGUUCCGAUAAAGGUAUUGAAGAGAUAAAUACCCUCAAAAUUAUCUCAAGGUUUCCUUGUACUAGUUGUCUUUGUGUUCUCAAUUCCAUAACUCCAAUUAUGAGUGCUAAAGCUUCCUCUAGAUUGUUACUACUGUUCAGUAGAAAAGAAAGAGCAUAAUUUAUGGCGAGAAGGAAGCUUCCCCAAAGGUAAUCGAAGUAGUCUUGACCCUCCCACUGUUUUUCUUCAGCCUGGUCUUGUUGAGCAGUACUGGUUAAGCAGUCAGAAUGUGGGGUGGUUUGGUUUGGAUUUGCUUUUGUGUGCUACCAUUGCAGUCUUCUGUUCUCCAUUAAGGAAUUCAGGGAACAUUCAUUGAAGUGAGUAUCUAAAGUCCCUUCCACAGGAAUAUCAAGUGAAAGACAUUUUCCCUUGACUUUGAAACCUUUUAUACUUAUAGGAUAGGAAGGGAAAACCAAGAUUCCAUUUUCCACUCUUGGUUAAAAAUUGGAACAUGGAUGGAGGUGGUACAGAACCCAGAAAUCUUUUUUGAAUCCUCAGCUUCCUCUACCUAUGUCUGUCUCUCUCCCCAUCCCCCUAUGUCAGAAUGUUGCAAUUGGCUACUUCUCAUCACCCUGUGUCAUUUCUUCCAGCUUCAGUAAGUUAGCUACAGAUGUGGGAGAGAAUUGUAACCAGUGUUUGACACACGGAGUUUACAGGGCAGGCUGAUUAUUUAUGUAGAGAUGAUGUCUGAGAGGAAGAUGAAAAGUAGGGACACAAAUCAGAACAGUUGUUAUUUGGGAUUAACUCAUGGAAGAAAAAUCGAUUGCCAAGGAGAGCGUGACAAACAGGAUGUCCAAAGAAACAAACCAACUGGAGGGGAAAAGAACUCCCUUUCCUUAUUUUCCUAACAUCAAAUUCAGAACACUUAAUAAGCAGUCUAUGUCAGUGUUGACUGUUGUCCACCAUCUAGCACUGUUAUGUAUACCAUUUAUUCUAGGCCCCAAAUUUCUUAAAAGUAGAGAUCAUGUGUAAAUCAUGGUUGUAUUAAGCCAUGUGCCCUUACAGAAUGUCCAAAACAUGGUGGAGGUUCAGUAAAUACUUUGAUGAAUGAAUUAAUGAAGUGGUGGAAAUGUCAUUCUCUCCAAUAAAUAUUAAAUGAGCACCUACUAGUUGUCAAACACUGAACUAGGUGCAGAUAUGUAAUCCCGGACUCUUAAACGCUGUCUUUUUAGCCAACAAUUUGUUUCUCAUUUAUUCAUUAGCUGACAUUUGCUGUGUGCCUUGGUGGGGUGGUCAUAAAGAGAGCUAAGGGGAAAUCACAGAUAGUCCCUAUGUCAAGAAUAGACUCCUUUCCUCAAAGUUCUACCUUCCUCUGAAAAUAAAACCCAUCAAGCACCCUGGAUUCAGACCGAAUAUGAUCAGUAAUAUGGGUACUGACUGAAGAGGUGGGCAAAUCUGUGUGGAGUUAACUUUUUAGAACAGUGCUCAGGAUACAAAAAUCCUUAUACAAGAAAUGACAAACCUGGGAGGAUAAGCUAUAACUUCAGCUAGACUGUAGUUCAUCUCAGGAACUGGAAAAGUGAAGAGCUUUAGAGUUACAUAGUUUUCAAUCUUGGCUGUGUCCUUGGCAGGUUGCAUGACCUUGGUUUCUCCAUCCAUAAGCUGAUAGAAAUACUACCUAUCUGCCCUGGCUGGUGUGGCUCAGUGGUUUGGGUGCGGGCCUGCGAACCAAAGGAUCUCAGUUCGAUUCCUGGUUGGGGCACGUGCCUGGGUUGCAGGCCAAUUACAAGUGGGGGACAUGGGGGUGGGGGGACAACCACACAUUGAUAUUUCUCUCUCUCUCUCCUUACCUUACCCUCUAAGGAUAAAUAAAAUCUUAAAAAAAAAUACUACCUAUCUAAUGCAGUUAAACUAGAAACAAAUGUGAAUGGAGGUUCUUACUCAUGUAACUUGUGCUUCACAUCUCUUUCUAGGUUUAAUGAUCAUUGUUAUUAUACCUAGGGAAUAAUUCCAGGGAGGAAAAAAGCCUAGAUUCUUUCACCUUAAAAUUGGGUAAAAAACAGGAGACAUAACUAUGGAAGUUGAUGCGAAGUUACUUGGAGGAAGAGUACCAAUUGCCAGCGAAUGUGGUCAGCCUCUAGAAGCUGGAAGAGAACCCCCGGUGCAAUCUUAAAUAGAAGUAGUAAGAGUGAUAUCUUUUUAUUGUUCCUGAUCUUAAGAGGUCAUAGUGAGAAGUGUUUCUAGAGAAGCCAAAAAAAAAAAAUCCCACCAGAAACUCACCAAGCUGGCACCUUGAUCUCGGACUUCAGCUUCAGUUGCCAGAAUUCUAAGAAAAUAAAUUAUUCAGCCAAAACAAAAGAGUAAAAAUCAUGAGGUUCACUAGAGAUAGGGAAUACAGAGGAAAAUCAUAUAAGUAAAACUAUACAAUUUUGCUAACUAUAUAAAAUUACUACAAUAUUUACUGUAAAUUUUAUAAGUUUAAAGAUACCUAAAUUUUUCACUACUAAAUAAUUUUACUAUAAAUAUUGCUAUAAACCAUAAGAUCAGUCUCCAAGAUUUUAAGGUAAAGAGGAAGAAACUUCCCUGAAAAAUAAAAAAUGUAUUACGAAAGGCAGGAUGGGAGUAUUGUGUGCACCACAUUGUCAGUGAGCCUUCCUGUCCAAGCAGUGUUUUGGUAUGGGAAGAAAAACACAAAUAAUUGCUUCAAUUAAUAUUUCCUUUGUUGAAAUACAUUUAAAACAGUUUUUUGUAACCUCUGAACUCAAUUUAGAGAUCUUAUUAAGAUAUAAGUAAAAUUUGUAUAAAAAAAUUUUCAUUAAUGAUACAGUUGAUCAAAUACUCCUAAACAUUUAACAUCAUUUACAUACUUGAUUAAUCAUAUUUUCUUAAACAUUUGAUAAGAGAUUUAAUGUCUUUGAGACAUCCCCCACUAAGGAAGACUUACAUACUUGAGAUAUUUUUCUUAGCCUCCUUGACAACGCAUACUUAAUAUACUUAAACACAAAAUAGCAUAACUAUAUCAAAGUCAUUCAACAUCAAAGUAUUCAUACUACAGACUUUUAUUUACUUCCCAUUUGUCAUUUCGCAUGCAUUCCUGUGUUUGAAGAAUAUAAUUUUGUUAACUGUGCCCUUUGCUGAAAUGGAAACUUGGCCCCAGACAUGUGCUACCAGAUGAGAAAGAGGAACCUAGAAAGUCGGUGUGCACGCCACUGCCUGCGCUUGCAAUGGCUCUUGUCUUCCCCUUCAGUAGGACCUUUUUUCUUUUAACCAGCUUAAUGGGGACAUGAUUUACAUACAAUAAAAUUACCCAUUUUAACUGUCUGCAUUGAUGAACUUUGACAAAUGUGUACAUGUAACCACCACCUCAGUCAAGUUACAAGGAUUUUUUUCCCCAGAAAAAGUUUAUUUCCCUUCAUAAUCUCCCCAGCCCUAGGUAACCACAGGAGAUUAAUUUGGCCUAUUGUAGCAUUUCAUAUGACUUGCAUCAGAUGAUAUGUACUGUUGUGUUUGAUUUUUUAAUUUACCAUAUUUUGAGAUGCAUUUUGAUGUAUAUUUCUAUAGUUAUUGAUUGAUGAAUAGUAUUCCAUUGUAUAUCACAAUUUGUAUAUCUGAGUACUUGUUGAUGGAUAGUUGAGUUAUUUCUAGUGUGAGGUUAUUAUGAAUAAAGUUACUACAAAAGUG